CCCCAGAAUUCAAAGGCUUUUCAAGAACAUUUCACUAUAAAAGAGAAGAAGGCUCUUGCUGUUUAAUACACAUCUCAAUUUUCACAGACCGUCCCGUUUCGAGUCUAUCAAUGGCAGAAGUAACAAAGAGGUAUGCAGUUGUUACUGGAGCCAACAAAGGCUUAGGAUUGGAGACUGUCAGGCAGUUGGCCUCAAAUGGAUUUAUUGUAGUCUUGACUGCCAGAGAUGGCAAGAGGGGUCUUGAAGCUGUUGAGAAACUCAAAGAGUCUGGCCUCUCUGGUCAAGUGGUUUUUCAUCAACUUGAUGUAGCUAACCCUGCUACUGUUGCUUCCUUGGCAGACUUCAUCAAAACCCAGUUUGGGAAACUGGAUAUCUUGGUGAACAAUGCAGGGAUUUUUGGAAGCAUAAUAGAUGUUGAUACUUCUAAAGCUGCUGUAGCCUCUGGUGCCAUGGAAAGAGGAGAAGUUGAUUUGAAUAAACUAGUGACUGAUACUUAUGAGUUAACAGAAGAAUGCUUGCAAAUAAACUAUUAUGGUGCUAAAAGAACAGCUGAAGCACUUAUCCCACUCCUCCAGUUAUCUGACUCACCCAGAAUUGUUAAUGUUUCGGCUGGCUUGGGGAUGUUAAACAACAUACCAAGCGGUUGGGCUAGAGGAGUUUUUACUGAUGCCGAAAACCUAACAGAAGAGAGAGUAGAUGAGGUACUGACUGAGCUUCUAAAAGAUUUCAAGGAGGGUUCACUUGAAAGUAAGGGCUGGCCUUCUUCUAUGCCUGCCUAUAUAGUCUCAAAAGCAGCACUGAACGCAUAUACAAGGAUUCUAGCAAAGAAGUAUCCCAAUUUUCGUAUCAAUUCAGUCUGCCCUGGCUUUGUCAAAACAGAUAUGAACUUGAAUGCCGGCCUCUUGCCUGUCGAAGAAGGUGGUGCCAAAGUUGUGAAGUUAGCAUUGCUGCCCAAUGAUGGCCCUACUAGCUCCUUCUUUGUUCACAAUGAAGUGUCGGAUUUUUGAUUGAAGAUGAUCCAUUUAUGCAAAUUUAAUACAUGUCAUUUAUUGGGCCAUAUCUUGUACUGUAUUGUAAUCUUAAGUAUUUUGGACACCAGCAGAUCCUUUUUAGGUUCUUUCUACAUUCAAUACGAGGAUGGCAUGUAAA